GCUAUCUAGGUACGGGUUUACUAUACACAUGUCAAUAGAAUUGGAACACAACACAAUACUAACCUCAGAGAUUUUUAAUUAUAUUUUCGUUCACAAUAUGUUUUACUUAAUCGGGUUAGGUCUAGGUGAUGCAAAGGAUAUAACUGUAAAAGGUUUGGAGAUUAUACAAAAAUGUGAUAAAGUUUUAUUAGAGGGUUAUACUUCUAUAUUGACUGUAGGAAAGGAAGUUUUGGAAAAGUUUUAUGGUAGACCAUUGAUUGUAGCAGAUCGGGAACUCUGCGAAAGCAAUAUUGAUGAUAUUUUGAAAGAAGCAAAAGAAAAAGACAUAGCUCUUUUGGUAGUUGGUGAUCCUUUAGGUGCCACAACACACACAGACAUGCUGCUUCGUGCUAAAGAAUUUGAAGUUGAAACACAGAUUGUUCAUAAUGCAUCGAUUAUGAAUGCUGUAAGCUGCUGUGGACUACAACUAUAUAGUUUUGGUGAAACUGUUUCAAUUCCCUAUUGGACAGAGACUUGGAAGCCAGAUAGUUUUUUUGAAAAAAUACUUGAAAAUUACAAGAGAAAUUUGCACACACUUUGCCUUUUAGAUAUUAAAGUAAAGGAGCCUACAGAAGAAUCAUUAACAAAGAAGAUACGCCAAUAUAUGGAUCCAAAGUUCAUGUCUGUCAAUGAAGCAGCCACACAGAUAGUCCAAAUAAUUAAUAACCUUCCUCAUAAAGCUGAUAUAACAGUUAACAGUCUGGCAAUUGGCUUGUCAAGAGUUGGAUCGCUCGAUCAAAAUAUUAUGGCAAUGACUUUAGAAAAGAUGCAACAAGUAGAACUUGGUCCACCUUUACACAGCCUUGUCAUUCCAGCUCCUAACUUGCAUCCACUCGAACUCGAUUACCUUGCUCAAUUUAGAUAAUUUGCUGCAUGUACAGAUUAGUGUACAUUAAAAGAAAAUGUAUGUUUAAUCAUAUAUUUAUUUGGCUAUGAAUGCCAAAAUUACUGACAACAACA